AUGGCUACCAAAGAAGCUUCAAUGCCAACUGCCACCAGCGCAAACAUGGCAGCAGUGGCCAAACCUGCUGACCAAGCCUCUACAAAACCCAAGCCAUGCUGCGUAUGCAAAGACGAGAAAUCUGCCCGCGACGAGUGCAUGCUGUUCAGCAACGCGAAAGAUCCUCAGCAAGACUGCGCCCCUACGAUUCAAAAGUACAAGAGUUGUAUGGCUGGCUUUGGAUUCAAUCUUCCAUAA